AAACAGAAAGUAAAAGUUACUAGGCAGACAGAAAGCAACAGCUUACUGACGAAGUGCAGAUCUUUGCCGGACUCGAACAAGACCCUCUAUCGGCCACAUUCCUAAAUCAGGAUGGCAGUGCAGUUCUCUGGCUGGGAGGUGGUCGACGAUGGGGCUUCUUUGCCCGGUGUGGAGCUGGGGCCGUCCCAGAAACCCCAAAACCGGGGUGUCUACACUAUGUACCAUGGGACCAGCGUUGCCAGUGCACGGCUCAUCAUUGCCAAUGGCUUUAAACAAUCAUCAGGUGGCAUGCUGGGAAGGGGCGUGUAUGUCAGUCGUGAUAUAAAAAAGGCGGCUCAUUAUCCAUUAAACAGUAACAGCACAGACCGCGUGGUCUUCAAGUUACACGUGCGUGUUGGCCGUGUAAAGCGCAUUGACAAGGACAACCAUCCAAUGCAGUUUACCUGGAGCACGCAUGGCUACGACACUGCCUGGGUGCCCCCUAAGUGUGGCCUCAAAGCUGUGCGCAGUGGCCUAGAGGAGGAUUGUGUGUUCGAUCCUAAAAGGGUGAAGGUGGUGGGGAUAGCAAAGGCACCGGACGCCAUUAUACAGAAGGAACUUCAAAAGCUUCUAUCAAAACCAUCCAGCAGACGUGGAUCACGAGGUGAUGCCACUGCAGAUGUGUGUUCACUGUGUAAGAGGAAGUGCCAGCAGGGGGCUCCACACUUCAAACAACAGUGCUGGGAGUGUGGGAAAAACAUCUGCAUUCUCAUGCCCAAGCAUUUCUGUCCAGCCAAACCCAUGUCGCUGCCUUUCUUUGGGUGGGAGGUGACCUAUGAUGACGACUCUCCUCGGGUGGAGCUGACGGCGUCUCAGGCGCCUAAAGACAGUGGUGUCUACACCAUGUUUCAUGGCACCAGCGUUGCCAAUGCACGGCUCAUCAUUGCCAAUGGCUUUCAGCAGUCAUCAAGUGGCAUGCUGGGUAAAGGGGUGUAUGUCAGCCGUGAUAAGAAAAAGGCUGAGCGGUAUCCUUUGAAAAAUGCCCCUUCCGAUCGUGUGGUCCUUGAGUUACGGGUACGCGUGGGACGUGUCAAGCGCAUUGACAUUGACAACCAUCCUAUGCAGUACACCUGGAGCACACAGGGAUACGAUACUGCCUGGGUGCCCUCCAAUUGUGGCAUGAAAGCCGUGCCCAGUGGCCUUGAGGAAGAUUGUGUGUUUGAUCCCAAAAGAGUGAAGGUAACAAGCAUUGCAAAGGCACCAGACACGGUGCUGUCAGAGCUUCAACAGCUUCUAGCUAACAGUCUAAGGAAUACUGUCAAUGCAGGAGAUGGCAGUGCUGUGGAUGCGUGUUCACUAUGUAAGAGAAAGACCAAGCAGGCUUCUCCACACAUCAAGCAACCGUGUUGGGGCUGUGGGCAAAACAUCUGCACUCUCAUGACCAAGCAUGUCUGCCCAACUAGGUUCUGAGAGGGCAUAAGGGCCUGAAAAACAAGGAUCCAACAAGGAUCCACAUCUGUAUGGCCUUCUAAUGGGGUGGAGGGAAAACUAAAGCUAAAGUUUACUAAAGAGCAGAGUUGAUAAACGAUUAAUCGGGUUUGAGUCAUUUUUUAUGAUAAAAAUCCUAUGAUUCUAGUUUCUUAAAUAUGAAUAUUUUCUAGUUUAUUCACUCCUCUGUGACAGUAAACUGAAUAUCUUUGAGUUGUGGACAACACAAGACAUUUGAGGAUGUCAUCUUAUUUUUAUUGUACAAUAAUAAUCAGUACUUGAAGCAAAUCACGGCUAGGGGUGUCAUCAUAUUUUGAAAUAGGACUCAAUAUUUCUAGAUUAACUUCCUUUGUGUGACUUUCUUUUCCUUUUCAUAUAUCGAUAACUGUAAUUGGUGCAUAGUUAAGGCUAGAAGUGUCUUAGGGAUCUCUGUAUUGUAUCUCCAAAGUCCUGGAUGCAUGAAAAUGUUGCAGGACUUUAAGUAUGGAAAGCCAUUGAAGUUUACUAUGAUUUUAUAUUCUAUUCUUGUUAUAUUAAAUGAUCUGAGGUACUGUCUGCGUUAGGAUGCAAUCAAGGUGAGCCAAUCUUUUUGCACUGAGCAAUAUACGUCUUUAUUUCAGGCUGAAUGUAGACAUUGGUUACUUUAUGUAAAUGUAUGAUAACUUUCAUGAGUUUUUGUUUGCUGAAUUGAUUUGAUUUCCUGAAUACUGUAUACUGUAAAACCAAAGAAUCAGUCAAUAAAUAUGGAUACAAUAUCCAGUUUG